AUGCCUUACGACAUGGACCAUGACGAACUCUACGAACUCUGCGAAGACGUCUUCAGAGCUCUCGACGAUGUCGCCGACGUUGACACCCCAGGUGUCGCCAGACUUGCACUCACCUCAAUCUCUAUGCUUCGCUAUGUCGAAACUGCAGUCGUCAACAUCGCCAGCAAAGACCUCGACACCGUCGAAGAGCUAAGAAACAGACAAAAGUCCAAGCUGACAGCCGCUACGAUGACUCAGCAUAUCGUGAAGAGACUGAUUGUCACUAUGGCAAAAUCAGUGCUCACGCUCAGGGAGACUGUUGAUGACUUGGUCAGAAAGCUGGAGGCAAGGGAGGAUCUCGCUCAGGAUCUUGAUGACAAGAUUCGUAUUGCCAGAGAGACUGAAGCCGAGAUGUGUGGUCGACUGUCAGAACCUGUCAAGCUUUUGAGUGCCGAGUCCGGUCGCAGUUGA